GGUGGUUUUGCUCCAGUAGGUGUCAGUGAGUGAGGACGGGUAAACAGAGGGUCCAAUUGCAAGUUGAAGAUGGAGAGGUCGGCGCUUGGAGUUUUAUGCUGUGUGUUUAGCCUGGUGCUGCUGAUGGCAGAUCUGGGCCAGUCAGAGGAUAUUAACUGUUCCUCUUUAAGUAAUACAACUUGUGAGACGUGUUUGAAGAAUGUCAAGUGUUUUUGGUGCAACACAGAGUCAAAAUGCAUUGAAUAUCCUGCCCAAAAAAUUGUGCCACCAUCCAGUCUGUGCAAGCUGAAUGAAGCUCGCUGGGGAGUCUGCUGGGUUAAUUUCCAGGCCCUGAUUAUCACCAUGGCAGUGGUAGGCGGGAUCAUUAUUAUUUCUGUGUUGGCAUGCUGCUGUUUCUGCUGCAGGAAAAAGAAAAACAGAAACAAAGACAAAGAGGAUGAAAAGACUAUUAGACAGAAGGAGGAAAGACAAACACGUCAGGAAGAGAGGAGGGUUCAAAUGAAGAACAGGCAUGAUGAAAUAAGGAAGAAAUAUGGUUUGUUUAAAGAAGAUAAUCCUUAUACCAAGUUUGACGCUUAAUUACCUACAUCUUUAAGACAGACUCUUUGAUAUAAAUUGCUGCGGAACCUGCAAACCAUAUAUGUUCUAAACCACCAGUUGAUUCUGGAUUUACUUAGUCUUUCCUUGGUUUAACAGAGACCACCACCUUUUUUUUUUUUUCUUGACCAAAUCAAAUCUUGAGCCAUUUCAAAUUAAAAGACCUUUUUUUGUACCUGGUGUAUAGUGACACCGCUUUGAGUAGUUCCUCUGUAAAAGAUCUAAUACCACCUUUUUCCACUCCAUUUUUUUAUAUAUAUUUUUCUAUUAAUCAUUUUAUGAGUUUGGAAGUCCUUGCUUACAUAUUCUCUCUGCAUGUGCCUGUUUAUUUGUACUCUUGCUUUCAAUGUAUUAGUAGUAUUUGUAUAAUGACUAAAUUAAGGUAAAAGGCAAAUAUUGCUUUCAGUUCAUCACUUCAAGACAACUUAUAAUGCAGAUAAUGAAUUACUCACUGUCAAGAUAUGCAUGUUAUGUUUUUUGGGUUUUUUUUUUUUUGCAUAGUUUUAAUACUUUGGGCUUUCAGGAACACAGAAGUGUCAAAGCUAUAUUUAUGUUUAUAAGCAGUACCAGUUUAGUCUGUCCCAUUCAUUUUAAUAGCUUGUUUGAUGCAACCACUGGCUGUAUCUUUCAUAGCUUUCUUUUGAAAACAAGUGUGUUAUUUUUUUAUUUUAUUUUUCAAUUAAAAUUAUACAAAUAUGA